GACGCUCAAAAAACUUCCAUCAGAUGAACCCAAUAUUUCACGGGAGUGUGCUAAAAGCUGAGGCGAUGGAGAUGUGUGACUCAGACGCCAAGCGGUGCUACAUUUGCCUGAGCGAGUUUGGGAAGGAGACUGUGGCUGCGCUGGACUCCUGCCAACACGUCUUCUGUCUUCAGUGCAUCCAGCAGUGGUCAGAGAAGGCCAACACCUGCCCGGUGGAUCGGAUCAGCUUCAGCUUCAUCCUCCCUGAAGGCGACGCCGCCAAGAAGAUCUACGUGGAGAAACCGGUGAAGGACGAUGACGCCGACAUGAUCGAUUCCUCCUCUGAGGAUGAUGAGGAUGAUGAGGAGGUGAACUGUGAAGAGUGCGGGCGCAGUGACGCCCGCUCCCGCUUGCUGGUCUGCAUGAGCUGUGACUCGGGGUUCCAUGUCGGCUGCGCCAAGCCCCCCUCGGCCUGGGAUGCUGACGGAGACUGGUCCUGUGCGGAGUGUGCACUCUGCGAUCAGAGCUCAGGUGAAAUGGAGGACAAGAUGAGCGAUGGAGAGCCAAACCUGGAGACGGAGGCGUGUGAAGACCCGUCGAGCAGCAGCCGCUGUCGACCCUGCACCCUCACCUGGAGCAGUGGUUCCGAGCCAGCCCAGGAGAGAGUCGCCGCCUCAGCCGCCAGCCUCACCGACUCGAGUGGAAGAAAAGGGAGUCGCUUGGAUUGACGCAAAAAUCCAACUGCAGUUGCGUUAAAUGUCCGCCAGAGGGCAGCGUCUCCUCAUGUUCUACCUUUACUGAUGUUUAAAACGUUGUUUUCCAUUUAAUAAAUCUAAGCCAAC